CUCGCUCAAACAGGUGUCCAUUAGCGACCCUCGAUCUGUAAAAGGUGGCAUUAGGUCAAGCUCUGUACCAGGACGACGGGUCGCGAUCGGGUUCCUCACCUUCUUCAAUUGCGAAGCUCGCUGCACCUCAACCUAUCGUGUUCCCCUUUACCAUUUUGCUGCUGUAGCACCUGACUCCCCUCCCUUGCACUGAUCCUUACUCACCCUCAGUCGGGUCAGUGCGCAAUGGCCGGUGACGAUGAGAAGGAUGUGCGCGAGGUAGAGGAGGCCACUUCCUCGGGAGCCACUGCGGAGGGAUCCGACGAAGUCUCGAAGGCUGGUGAGGAAGAGGAUACUGGUGCUCAGAUCGCUCCUAUCGUGACGCUGCAGGAAGUUGCCGUUAUCACCGGCGAGGAGAAUGAGGACGUGCUAAUUGAUAUGAAGGCUAAGCUGUAUCGAUUUGAUAAGGAGGGAACACAGUGGAAAGAGAGAGGUGUUGGUCAGGUGAAGAUCCUGGAGCACAAGACAACUGGAAAGGUUCGAUUGCUAAUGCGACAGAACAGGACCCUUAAGAUCUGUGCCAACCACAUGGUCUCGUCAUCUACGCAACUGCAAGAGCACGCUGGUAGCGAUAAGACUUGGGUCUGGCAUGCUCGGGAUUACUCAGAUGGUGAAUUAAAAGAGGAGCUUUUCUGCAUGCGAUUUGGCAGCGUUGAAAGCGCUCAAAAAUUCAAGGAUGUGUACGAGGCCGCCCAAGAAAAGGCAUCCAGCAAGACAGAGGAGAAGGACGAAGAGGCUGAUGAGGCUGCAGAUCUUUUGGAUAAGUUGAAGGUGGGCUCAAAAGCCGAGAAGGCUGAUGCACCUGAAGAGGCCAAGACUGAAAACUAGGGGUGUGAUUAACAUGUGCUUGAGUUGAUGUUAGGUAGUCGAUCGUGGGUUACCCGGGCUACAUGAUACAGUGUUUUGCUAACCCUUUAGCAGGGUCUUAGUGUGGGAUGUUUCCCUCCAAGUUCAAUAGCUCAAUCGUCUCGACCUGUUGUUUAGAGUUAAUUAGUAUGACAUCAGUUGCUUUUAAAUGCCUGUUCUACUACUUCUAGCAGCAUGUAUUGGAUCACUUGCUAGGUGCUCAAUUGUCUUCACACUUUUGAAGGAGAGUGGGUUGUUAUACAUUUCGCGAUUGCAUCGCUUUAUUGAUAUCCCAUAUUUUAUUGAUACAAUUUGCGACGAUUACUUCAAUAAAAUUUCGUGUCUUCGUAUCUUCUCUUC